ACCGCGCAAGGCUACAUCACGGAUUUGAGUCGCUAUAACGGCUUAGAAGCUAUCGGCACCGCCGCAGUGCGAACAAAAGCUGCUGUUUUCUAUCGGCACUGCCGCAGUGCGAAAAAGCUGCUGUUUUCACAUCGGCACUGCCAAUGUUUAAAAAUGUUUAAACGGGAUGGUGAUGAUUUAAGUCAGCUUAACAUUCUCAAGAAACGAAGAGUAGACGAGCUGCUUGCGCACAAAGUACCAGAGGAUGAAGCUUUACUUAUGAGCAGUGGAAGAUAUGCCUGCACUGUGUGUCAUUAUAGACCUGUGUUUGAUACCUUGCAGAUGCUUACAAUUCAUCGUCGGGGCAAAAAGCAUGAAAAAUGUCUGGAAUCACAUUAUAGAAAGAAAUGGACAUACAUGGCAUUAGUGGAGAAGCGACACCAGGAGAACUAUGUGAGGAAUAAAUUACAGAGUAGCAGUGAUCAACACCAGGAGGACCUUUCACCUCUCUUAACAAAAACACAUGAAAAGACACAGAAUGUCCUUCUAAAGGCUACGCCAUAUAACAGCUGUGUGAAGUGGAGCAGACAUACCAACUUAACAAGUAAUGUUGGACAACAGACAGUACCAUCCACUGACUCUUUCUUAGCAUCAUCUCAAAAUGAACACGUCAAAGCUAAGACAAUAGCAGAAGGUGAUGACCACCUAACAACUCCUAAGUUACAGAAAAUGUCUUUACUAGAACGACAGUUGCCAUCAGUUGAACAAUCAAGAGCAUUCAAGCAUUAUAUGCCCUCAAAGGUUUCCCAUAGAAGAAUUGAUUCUGGUGCUCCUGUGGAACUGAAGCCUUAUACUUCAAAAUUAAAACGCAACACUUGCGUUGAUUCCUUGAAAAAAUAUACAACAUCCAAUGCUGAUGUAUGUGUGCCAGUAACAGAGUUUGAAACAUGCAACAAAUACCAACAAGACCUCUAUCCAUCUAUAAUUCCUAAUGACUCAAAGUUGCCAGGAUUUAAUGACUCGAAGAUGCCAGGAUUCAAUCUCCAAUUGCCAAUCAGAACAGAUUUUAAAAAUAGUAAUUCUUCAGAAAGACAUAGUGUGUUAAUAUACAAUGAUUCAGAAUCUAAAGGAGACUUGAACUCAGCUAUAGUACACAAAUUAGAUCAUAAAUCUGCUUCAAAGAAAAAGGUAGUCACACCAGUCACUGGACUAAAAGAUGAAGAUAAAAAGAAGAAAGUACAACAAAUAUUACAACUUACAAGCUCUGGGUGGAAACGAGACAGAGGAGGAAUAUGGAUAAAAGAUGAGGAUGUUGAGUUUGAUUCAGAUGAAGAGGAACCUCCAUUAACGUUAUAAAUAAAUUUUGAUCUAUUAUGAGUCCAAGCAAGGCAAUCCAACAACAGGAUGCACAUCUAGGGACAUCAAAUGUUGUAAAGUUCAUCUUAAUGUCAAGCAUCAUGCAACAAGGACUGUUUCCAUAGUGUGUCCCGUUUCAACAUCCAGCCAACGAAAAGUCAAAGAAGCGUUGCAUAUCCAAUGGGAAAAGCCCUCUCUCAACAAGCAACUUUUAAAUUUAAUUGAAACUUUGUUAUUCUGAUGUUCAUUAUUUCGUUUCUUUAUCUUUAUUUAUGUCAUUCCUCUCUUUACAGUUACGGUUCAAUCGAUUCUUUAGAAUGCAAUAUCAUGUUGUUUUUCAAAUAGUGAUGGUUUAAUUCCUCUUUAUUUACAAUACAAUGUAUUGCAGAUGUUUAUAAAAAAGAUUGCAUAAAGAGCAAUCACUACGCUGAAAAUGGCAGAUGUACUGCCGGUAGAAAAUAAAAAUAUUUACAUUAAAAUCAGCUAGGCUUUGCCUACAUGAUAUUGAGCUUUAAAA